AGUUUUCCCCUGUGUGUCUGGAUGUCUUUCUCUAGCUGUGCCUCUCUCUUUGUGUUUGUUUCUGAGCCACGGGAUGUCUUUGGCUACCUUUCUGUGUCAUAAUUUCAUGUCCCUCUGUAGCUGUGCUUUUAUUUCUAUGGUUGUUUGUCUCUGUUUGUCUUUCUCUCUGUGUGUGCUGCUUGCUGUCUUUCCUUGUGAUCUAGUAUCUCCCUCGUGUCUGUGUGUCAUUAUGUGUCUGCUAGAUCUGUCAGACAGACAGCUGAGCUGUUACUCUGUGCUUCCGCUCAGGGACCAUCUCUUUGUGCUUCACUGUUUUCCCCUCUGUACUUUUGCUUUCAUGUCGUAGGCCUCUUCAUCUCCGCUUACCCAAACCCCACUUUCCAAAUCCUGCAGUGCUAUUUGAGAAUCUGUCAAAGUUUAAAAGGGUUGCGCUCUUCCCUCCCCAACUAAUUGCAGGGGGGGGGUUAAAAUAUUAUGAAUGAAGAUGGACAUGCCUGUCAUGCAGGAUAGUCUGUGUGGCCCCCAGCGUCCCGUCUGGUGUUGGGAAAAAGCAGUGGGAGUAGAUUGCAGCUCUCCAGAGCCAUGUUGCAUUUGGCUCGCAAGAUCAACGAGCAGAGAAACUGUGGAAUCAUCUUUCUAUGAUCAGAACAAAAGCCCCCACUGGAGUGGCACGCAAGGGACCCCCUUGGUUCAACGAGAUGGCAGCUGCAGCACUAACUCCCCACCUCUGGAUGAGUCUUUCACGUGGGUGGGACCCAGGACUUUGGUCAUCAGGAAGACUCGGCAAGGGUUUGGGUUCACACUGCGCCAUUUCAUUGUGUACCCCCCAGAAUCGGCGGUGCAUACCACACACCAGGAGGAAAAUGGCAGCCCAGAAUUUUCCUCUGCGGCCAGUCGCCUGGAGCCAAUGGACACCAUCUUCGUUAAACAUGUGAAGGAAGGUGGACCAGCGCAGUUGGCGGGGUUAUGCACAGGCGAUCGAUUGGUGAAAGUUAAUGGAGAAAGCAUCAUUGGGAAGACAUACUCCCAGGUUAUCGCUCUCAUACAAAACAGUGAAGAUGCUUUGGAACUCUCCAUUAUGCCCAGGGAUGAAGAUAUAUUACAACUGGCCUACUCCCAAGAUGCAUAUCUGAAGGGGAAUGAUCCCUAUCGCGGAGGUGCACACAGCAUUCCUGAGCCCCCUCCUCUCUUCUACCCAUUGCGUGGUCAGACACCAGAACAUAUUCCUGGGUAUCCAGCAAGCUCCAGAUUCCAUCAUCCUAGCUUUGAUGAUGUCUCAUCACCUCUUUAUAGCGAGUUUCCAAGGUCCAGUCCAAGCCAUCGUGACUACUCCCAGCCUGCUCCUACCAUACUUCCUCCACCAAGGCCCUACUUAGGGUCACCAGCCUCAUCAGACAGAUUCAGAGGGCCUGGACCACCAGGCAUGUCUAGUCAAGGGUGGACAUCCCGCCAUAUUGCAGAGCCACCAAGCAAAGCAUCUCCUGAUUCUUGGGAACAGUUGACCAAUCCCCGUUGGGUGAGUCAGUGGGAGCGGCAUCAGGCCUUGUGCAACUGGAUGUCCCAUCAGACUCCUCGCAGGGGGACUGCUGCCCUCCCUCCCCGAAGACGGAGUGCCUCUCAAGAUCGGCUUGGGGAGGUUACUACCCAGAGAAACUGGCCUCAAAGUGUGUCACAGGACACUCUUCAUCAACCUCCCAUUAAUCAUUCUUGGGGUCACCGAGCACAGUCUGACAACUUCCUGGCUCAUUAUGGACGAUCAGUAGAGAAAUUAGACUUAUCUGGUCUGAUUUCCCCACCCUAUGAGCGCCCUAUGUGGUCUUCAGAUCACCCCCCACGGACAGCUCCUCCACUUUCUCGCAUUCCUCAAAGCCAGACUGUAGCACCCGGCCCACGGGAACCUGUAAAACCCCAGACUCAACACCCCAGCUCUGGAGACUCUGGAUACAUUGGAUACCGGAGUUACAGUCCAUCUUUUCAACGUCGGACUGAACAUCUCAAUGCCUUCUCUUUUCGGGAGACUGCUUUUAGUGGUCUCCCAACUUUUAGGACAGCACAAUACCCUGUUUCUCCCCCUUCUCCUCCAGUAAAGAGGGAGCAGUCAGUUAGUGUUAGCUCCACAGAUGAGAGCUGCAUCAUUGGAGAGAGACGAGAGGAGGUUGUGCUGAGACAGAAGCCCCCAACAGGUCGCAAGGCUCCUCCUGUAACACGCCAAGUGAACUUAAUUUUUCCAGAGGAUGGAAAAGACCUUAAAUAUCCUACUUCUACUUGCAGUGAUGAAACCUCUAAAGAAAAACCACUGCAAAGAGUACCUCCUCUUCCAUGUUCUGAGGAGCCCUUAGCGUCUAUUCCUUUUAUAGAUGAGCCAACAAGUCCAAGUAUUGACUUACGAGCCAAACAUGUCCCUGCUUCCUGUGUUGUGUCCAGCGCCAUAAACUCUGCACCUGCUAUUUCUGCUAGUCCUUCUUCCCCAACAUUCAGCUUUUCCAUGAGCCGCCAUUACUCUCAGGAUUGUAGCAGUAUUAAGUCCAGUCGACGAUCCUCAUAUCUCCUCGCUAUAACCACCGAGCGUUCCAAGUCUUGUGAUGAUGGACUCAACACCUUCCGUGAUGAGGGAAGAAUUCCAAGAAGACCCGUAAGCAGAGUUCCAAGCCUGAGGAUGUUGCGUAGCUUCUUCACGGAUGGGUCCUUGGAUAGCUUGGUAGCCUCAGAGGAUGGCCGGUCAAAACGUCACUCUGCAUCUGAGCUGUCAGACACCGAAUACAGUGAUGUACGCAGGGAGGGCUGGCUGCUCUACAAACAGAUCCUUACCAACAAGGGAAAGAAGGUUGGUGGUGGCCUGCGGCAGUGGAAACGAGUGUUCUCCAUCCUCCGCCCUCACCUGCUCAUCCUGCACAAGGAACGUCCUGAGUCACGAGGUCUAGGGCCAGGUGAGGAGGAGCUGCCAAUCAGCAUCCUCGGAAGCCUGGUGGACAUCUCUUACAGCGAGACCAAGAAGAAGCAUGUGUUCCGGCUAACUACACCUGACUUCUGUGAAUAUCUCUUUCAGGCCGAAGAUCGGGAUGAUAUGUUGGGCUGGGUUAAAGCUAUCAGAGAGAAUAGCCGAAUUGAGGGGGAGGACCCCGGCUUUGCCAGCCAAGCUUUAAUUAAUAAGAAACUUAAUGAUUAUCGCAAACUAAGUAUUUCUGGGGCCAAGCCUGAGACUUCUCCUAAAGGGACACGGAGUUUAGGGAUCCGACCAGAUCUGCUGUGGACUUCAGGAAUUGGUGCUCCACGAUCUCCAAAGCAAGACAGUGCCAGUAAAGAUGAGGGACCAGCUUCCAAAGUUGCUUGGGGAAUAAACCUGAUGAAGAAGAACAAAAAGUGCCCUCCGAGAGCAUUUGGUGUGAGACUAGAGGAUUGUCAACCGGCAUUAGAGAAUAUGAGGGUUCCUCUCAUUGUUGAGUUGUGCUGUACGCUGGUGGAACAGAAAGGGCUUGAAUACAUGGGAAUAUACCGUGUUCCUGGAAACAAUGCGGUUGUGUGCAGUCUGCAGGACCAACUAAACAAAGGACUUUGUGAAACCAACAUACAGGAUCAGCGGUGGCAGGAUCUGAAUGUGGUCAGCAGUUUGCUCAAAUCCUUCUUCCGAAAACUGCCUGAACCUCUGUUUACAGACGAUAAGUACAAUGACUUUAUUGAGGCAAACCGUAUAGAUGACUCCAGAGAGAGGUUGAAAACGUUACGGAAACUGAUUAGAGAGCUCCCAUCAUAUUAUUUUGAGACCCUUCGCUUUUUAGUUCGACACCUGAAGACAAUCGCUGAUCACUCAGAAAAGAACAAGAUGGAACCACGCAAUCUGGCCUUAGUUUUUGGUCCCACUUUAGUUCGCACAUCUGAGGAUAACAUGACGGAUAUGGUGACACACAUGCCAGACCGAUAUAAGAUUGUGGAAACCCUCAUCCAACAUUCUGAUUGGUUUUUCAGUGAAGAGCAGGAGAAGACCGAGAAGACGCCAGUGGAUGAAUCAGAUUCACAGUCUGUACCAAACAUUGAACAUCUUUUACCGAAUAUUGGACGGACAGCUGGAACUGGGGACACCUCGGAUUCAACCAACAGCGAUUCUGCCAAAGCAAAAGCUUCUAGAAAAGAGUUGUAUGCUCGGGAUAUCCUGUCUAUACCCUUCAUCUCUGCUGUCAACCGCAAGCGUAGAAAAAGGAGAGAUGAAAAGCGCUUUGGAAGCAGCACAGAAGAGGAUGACUCUGAGCAGGAGGUAACCAGGAUGACACAGGUCAAUGAAGAGGCUGAUGUGAUAAAGGAACAGAAAGAGGCAGAAGAUACCAAGGCUCAGAAUGUUCAUCAACCUAGUGAAGUUGAGACUAUAGGGGAAGAAAAAAGCGCUGAGAAUCGGUGGCAGGGUCCAGUAGAGGAAAGAAUCCCUGCUGAUGCACGAUCCAUUGUCUCUGGAUAUUCCACCCUAUCUACUUUGUGCUCAGAGCCCGUUUCUAGUGUACGUGGUGGAGAUGAGGCUGAUGAUGAGCGGAGUGAGUUUAGCCACAUGGAAACGGACACUGAGCUGGGAGGAGUUAGAGAGCAGGGAGACAGACCCCGCUCUCAGGAUUCAUUCACCUCUCAAAGGCUUAUUCCUGGAGACACACUGGCUCGCAGAAGGUUGGUCAAAGGGAAACUGGAAAGUCCUGGGGAUUUGAAUCAAGGUCCCACCAGUUCUUCACUGCGCAUCAGGCCAGCAGUAGAUGAUUUGUGCAUGGCAGCUUUGAGAAAGCCUGGCUCUCCAGAAACUCGUAGGAGAAAAAGUGCCUGGCGCAGACACACAGUGGUGCUUCCUGGACAAUUGACAGAUUGCAACUUCAAUGACUGGAAGGAACCACUCACAGGAGCCACAGCAGUUACAGAGCCAGGGGUUCGUUUGAGUGGAGGAGCCUGGGCAGAGGGGAGGGAUUCUGGGCUCAGCAGCCUGGAAUCCCAGAAAGCCAAAGCUCCAUCUGUUCAGGAACCUGGAGCCAACAAAGGACCCAAGUCCCAGACUCCUUCUCUUCAGCCAGGGCUCCGCCACUAUCUGUAAGUUAAAUUUGCUGUCCUUUGCUUCUAUUGUAGCCUCUAUAAGGACACUACAGCCAUGGUCAUUCUCUAUUCUACACCAACAGGAUAGCCAGCCAGCUUCAUCUCCGUUGCAUUGCCACGUCUGAACAUUCUAACUUUAUGUCCUUCACUAGAUAAAGCUAAAAUGGGAUCCUUCCUAGAUGUUAGGCUUAAAGUUUAUUCCAGGGUUGGGUAACUCUGACACUCUGGGUACAAAUGAUGGGAGUUUUAUUCCAAAAAGCCUCAGUAACCUGAGUUACCUAAUGCUGGUCUAUGCCCAUUACAUGCCAGUCUAGUCAUUCAAUACAACAGGUGUCUGGUACAGAAUGGAUUACGGUGUGAUGGCAUUUCCUGAUCCUGCUGUCCUGUUGGGUGAUGCCAAGUAUCACAUAAUUUCUGCUUUGUGUUUCCCACACCCCAGUGCUAAGUAGCUGCUGCAAAGUGCCACACGUGGGUGUCUACACGUGUACUGGACGUCAAAGGGGAAAUUGUGUACUCAUUCUUACUCUAUGUGGCACCUUUUUAUUGACAGCAGAUGUCUGAGGAUCUCAUAGAACUUGAUCAAAGAACUCUGGUGCCUUAUUGCAUUAGGUUUACAGAUUUAAACCCUUUCACUGCUCAUACCGAUAUUAAAUGUAUCUAGCUAUGUAUAAAGUAAUAUCACACGGACAUAAAAAAGCACUGAGGACUCCAGUAGUGAUAAAGUGAGAGGUAUGUGUAUGUUUGCAAGUGUUAUUAACUCCUCCACCAAUGAUAUACAAAGAGUAUGGCUGCUUACUUUUAUUUUCCACGGUGUACUGGUUAUGAAUAUCCAUGUUACAGGGCUGGAGGUUCUCAGUGCAGUCUUGCAGCAUGUAUUUUCAUAAACAAACCUUUUAAAUUGGAAAUCCACUACCCCUUGUCUAAAACCCAACCUUCCUGUGGUAUCUCUGCUAUGUGACUAAUGUCAAUGCCAUGAGGGUCCAGUCUUCCCCCUCCCUCUCACCAAGAGAAGGGCUAUAAGGUUAUUUAGAGGAUUAACUUUUGCACUGCCGACAGAUAAAAGCACCAAACUGGCCAUGUAUGCUGUUUAUUCUGGCAGAUGAUAUUGCUGCCAAGUUUUUAGAUGUUUACAGUUAUAAAUCCAAAGUGUGAGGACAACUUGACAAGCUCAGUCUGACAUAUUAUGCACCAUUCUGGCAAACUGUGAUUCUGCACCUCUGCUUUUAAACCCAUCUCCUAAAUGCAGAUGCAAAACUUACCAAAGUAUUUAACCUAUCGAUGGAGAUUUAUUAAAAGAAUAUAAGGAUGAAACAGGAUGAAACUUUUAAACCUGUGCUAGUAUCUUGCUGGAUCUGCAGAAAAAGAUGAUUGGCAAAAUGGCAGAGUUGCUACAUUUCCUUAACUGCUCAACACGAUUACUGGUUAUUGACUAAACCCUGAUGCUUUUCCCAGAGAUUGCAGCCUUUUCAUGUAUUUACAGCUGGUAAACAUAAACACAGUUUCAGUAAUCAGUAUUUGAACUAUUUAAUGGCAUAACCAAGGAACUUUCCUCACACAAUUAGGAAAUGCGCCACCUAGUGGUUGUUUUGAGUCAUGAUUCCGUUAGGUGUGUAUGUGUGUGUUCAGUGUCAUUUAUUGGUUAUUUAUUUGUAAAGGGUAUAACUGUGCUGGCCUUUCCGUACGCACAGCCACUGAAACCUUGACAAAACAGGUUAGACUUUACUCAAAGGAGAGAAAGCUGAUCUGCAGUCAAAGGAGGUAAGUUACUAAACAGUAAAUCAAAAUCAGAAUUGUACAUUUAGGCCAUGUGACAACAUGGUGUGAAUUACAUCUUUAACUCUUCCCUUUUUACAAUGUGGCUAUUUGAUUUACAUGUACCAAUUCACAAUAAAAAAAACAUUUUAAAAGAAAAAAAAUAAUAAUAAUUGCUGCAGAAUUGUAGCUUUUGGCUUUUACCUCUAGAUGUCAAGACAUUUCAAUGAUGCUAAUUUAAGUUGGUUUUGCUCUAGCAACAGAAAUGGGCAUGGGACCAACUUGUAGCACUGUCCUUGUUAUACUACCACUUGCAGAGUGCCUUGAAACAUCUUUGUUUUGCAUAAAUCUGUAAUCAAAGUUACAUAUGUUAAUAUGCUGGCCACAUUCCCCUAUUGCACUAAAAGGAUUUAGGUAAAGCAAAGCCUUUUAAUACAACAGAUAACACGUCAGAGAGCCUCCAAUAUCCAUGGCAGGGAUCCAUCUAGGUCCGAUUUGCCCUACCAAACCUGGGAUAAAGCCUCACUGUGUGCCUCCCUUCAUCUCUGAGCUAGAAAGGAUUAAAGGGUCUCGCUAUAAUAAGUGCCAUUAACAAAGUAUCUUACCUCAUUUUGACAGCUAUUGUCCCUUCUUACCCCGGCGGGAUGCAGACAGGUAUUUUUCUGAAACCUCCAUGUGCACCAUUUUGCUUGUUCCUCAUUGGUGAAGUUACCCAAGGCACAUUAAAAUGCUGUGUAAUGCAUUUUCAUAGUUCAAAGUGGACAAUGCAUAUUAGUUUGACAGGGUUACUCACUAACGUUUUAGGAAUUCCAUUUUUUUUUUAAUUUUAGGCCAAUAUAGCCACUUUGGAAGAAAAAAAAUGUAAAUGUAUGGCUAAAUUUAAAGUUUCAUGCUUUGGUGAAUAACCCUACGAGUAUCACUCAGCCAAGUGCAGUUAGGGUUAAAGAUAAACAAUCACUUGCAGAAUUUUUAAUCCCAUGUUGACCUAUACUUAUAUAUAGUGUUUUGUGAGGUGUGAAAUAAUAAAUAUAGACAUCCACAACGCAGUACCUGCCUAUAUUCUGAAACUGGGCACAUACAUCUUGGCACCCUGUAAUCGCAUG